AUGCGAUAUAAGUAUUUAAGCGCACCUAUAACGGAAGCAUGUUACCAAUUGUUUCAAGAAAACAAAAACCCAUUGGAUAUGGAUAUCGAGCAAGCUUCUAAACAACAAGUUCAAACUAACUAUUCUCAGAAAAUGCAAGAGCUUGCUAAUUUGGAUGGAGUCAAACAAGCAAGAAAUAAUCUCAAAAAUAAAGUUGAUAAUGAUAAUCCAGAUUCUCCUUAUAUAAUCGAAGCCAUCUUACAAAAAACAUUCACCAAAGAAGAAUUACAACAUAAGGAUAACAUUAUAUUUAGUAUAACUGUAAUUUUAAUGUUCUUAGAUCCAUCAUAUAAUCAAGCUGAAAUUUCAGCAUUAAAGUUUGAAUAUAAUGAUAAAGAACAAUCAGAAGAUUUAUCUAAUCAAAAGAGUAAUAAUUCAAAUGAAUAUUAUGAAAAUACGGAUAGCAAUAAUAAUAAUGAAGAAAGUGAUAAUUCUAGCGACAAUAAUAAAGAUAAUUGA